AUGAUCUAUCGCUCUCUCAUAGUUCCAACUUUGCUAUAUUUUUGCAGCCUCGUCUUCGGAUCUCCCAUAACUUUCGAAUUGAGGAAAGGGCAAAGAGAAUGUUUCUACACGCUCACGCCGGAUGUUAGCUGCACUAUAUCGUACUAUUUUGCCGUUCAAGAAGGUGAUGCCAAUGAUUUUCAAGUGAAUUAUGAAAUAUUCGGGCCUGCUGAUAAGUACACACCCCUACUCAAGAGAACCAAAGAGCGUCAAGGCGAGUGGUCUUUCUAUGCCGAACACAGAGGAGAAUAUGCCUUCUGUUUCGAAGGCGGAGAAGAGCACAAUAAAAUUGUUGAUCUGGACAUUGAGUACAAAUGCGUUCGCCAGGAUAACGAUAGAUCAGAAAGACGCAAAGCGAGGAAGGAACAGCGAAAGCUGAAAGAUGCCAGCGCUAUCCAACUGCAGGAAUCGCUGGAGGAUUCGGUAGACAACAUUGAGAGAAAGUUGUAUCUUCUAGAGCGGAAUAUGCAGUAUUACAAGACAAGAAACAACAGGAAUCACUACACUGUUCGUUCCACCAGUCGCAGAGUUGCUUUAUUCUCAAUUUAUGGUAUAUUGUUGGUAGUAGGGAUGAGUUGCGCCCAAGUUUUUAUGCUGCAGUGGUUUUUCAGAAUAUCCAGAAAGCAAGCUGUAUGA